AUGCCGCCUAAGCAUGCUCCUCUACAGCCACCGGAACAUCGCCUUCUAGCUCUCGGAAUAGAGGGAAGUGCCAAUAAACUGGGCGCGGGUGUCAUGGCCCAUUACCCCGACGAACCGCCAAAGGUGCUUUCGAACGUCCGGCACACUUACAUCACCCCUCCAGGCGAAGGUUUCCUACCAAGGGAUACAGCACAACAUCAUCGCGAAUGGGCUAUUGACGUGAUUAACAAGUCUCUUGAGGAAGCGGGAGUAACGAUGCAAGAUCUGGAUUGCAUAUGCUACACGAAAGGACCGGGCAUGGGCGCGCCAUUACAGACAACAGCACUGGUGGCCCGAACUCUAUCUCUUUUAUAUCACAAGCCCCUAAUACCUGUGAAUCACUGUGUCGGACACAUCGAGAUGGGUCGUCUCAUCACGGGUGCAUCCAAUCCAAUCGUACUCUACGUCUCGGGUGGGAACACACAAGUAAUCGCGUACUCCCGCCAGCGGUAUCGUAUUUUCGGCGAAACACUAGAUAUCGCGGUUGGUAACAUGCUCGACCGAUUCGCACGCGUCAUCGGGCUCUCGAACGACCCUGCACCAGGAUAUAACAUCGAGCAGGAGGCGAAACGCGGGAAGAGACUGUUACCACUACCAUAUGCGACGAAGGGUAUGGAUGUGAGCCUUAGUGGGAUCCUCACGAAUGCGGAGGUGUACACACAAGACAAGCGUUUCCGCCCCAACCCGACGGAGCAGGAACUCAAUGAUCCCACACUGGACGUGAUCACCCCACAAGACCUGUGCUUUUCCCUCCAAGAAACGGUUUACUCGAUGCUGGUCGAAACUACGGAACGUGCGAUGGCCCAUGUAGGGAGCAAGGAAGUGCUAGUUGUGGGCGGUGUGGGGAGCAACGAGAGGCUGCAGCAGAUGAUGGGCCGCAUGGCCGAGGAACGGGGAGGUAAGGUGUUUGCGACUGAUGAGAGAUUCUGCAUCGAUAAUGGUAUCAUGAUCGCCCAAGCGGGUAUGCUUGCAUUCCGGAUGGGAGAAAGCGCGGAACUGCCAGAGUGCACGUGUACGCAGAGAUUCAGGACGGAUGAGGUGCAUGUCAAGUGGCGGCGAUAG